AAAAAAUGCCACGCACUCCCGGCCUCCCGGAGGUGGCGCUAUGAGGGUGACGGAGUUAAUUAGUGCCUGCAAAACGCCGCUUGUGAGCUCAUCCGAGAAGUCAUGCUCUGCACACAUAUUAUUUAUAGCAGAACUGAGGCGUGCAUAGUGUUUGACAUUUCUCUUUAAGUAGGGGGACUUCAAAAAGUCGUGGGCACCCCCAUCCCCCCCAGGCGAAGUGCGGUGCGCAGGCAGCAGGGGGCCGGCUGGAAGCGAACGCGCCAACCACGCGGGUCCCGGCGCAGGUGCCGGGGGCGCCGGCGGCCACUCCGCAGCGUCUGCUCUGUAGGAGAGUUCGCGGCUAAUCUCGGGAUGCCUUGCAGAUGCAAAAUGUGUCUCUGGCCAGCAGGAGGAAGGAAGAGGAAGUGAGAGCAGCGGCAGCCGGCGGCGCAGCAGCCGGCCGACCCGGAGUGUAUAGACACGUGCAGCCGUCUACACCGUAGGAUCCCACUUCCACUGGCUUUGGACGUUCUAGGAAUUUGCAAUGCCGCCGCCCGCGGACAUCGUCAAGGUGGCCAUAGAAUGGCCGGGUGCCUACCCCAAGCUCAUGGAGAUCGAUCAGAAAAAACCACUGUCUGCAAUAAUAAAGGAAGUCUGUGAUGGGUGGUCCCUUGCAAACCAUGAAUACUUUGCACUGCAGCAUGCUGAUAGUUCAAACUUCUAUAUCACAGAAAAGAAUCGAAAUGAAAUAAAAAAUGGCACUAUCCUUCGAUUAACCACAUCUCCAGCUCAAAACGCCCAGCAGCUCCAUGAGCGAAUCCAGUCAUCGAGUAUGGAUGCCAAGCUGGAAGCCCUGAAGGACUUGGCCAGCCUUUCGCGGGACGUCACGUUUGCCCAGGAGUUUAUAAAUCUGGAUGGCAUCUCUCUCCUGACACAGAUGGUGGAAAGCGGCACCGAACGAUACCAGAAAUUGCAGAAGAUCAUGAAGCCUUGCUUUGGAGACAUGCUGUCCUUCACCCUGACGGCCUUUGUGGAACUGAUGGACCAUGGAAUAGUGUCCUGGGAUACGUUUUCGGUGGCAUUCAUUAAGAAGAUAGCAAGUUUUGUCAACAAGUCGGCCAUGGAUGUCUCCAUCCUGCAGCGGUCCUUGGCCAUUCUGGAGUCCAUGGUGCUCAACAGCCACGACCUCUACCAGAAGGUGGCACAGGAGAUCACCAUCGGCCAACUCAUUCCGCAUCUCCAAGGGACAGAUCAAGAAAUCCAGACCUAUACCAUUGCAGUGAUUAAUGCACUUUUCCUGAAGGCCCCUGAUGAGAGGCGGCAGGAGAUGGCGAAUAUUUUGGCUCAGAAGCAAUUGCGUUCCAUCAUCUUAACGCAUGUCAUCCGAGCUCAGCGGGCCAUCAACAAUGAAAUGGCACACCAGCUGUACGUGCUGCAGGUGCUGACCUUUAACCUUUUGGAAGAUAGGAUGAUGACCAAGAUGGACCCACAGGACCAGGCUCAGCGGGACAUCAUAUUUGAACUUCGAAGAAUUGCUUUUGAUGCAGAGUCUGAACCAAAUAACAGCAGUGGCAGCAUGGAGAAGCGCAAGUCCAUGUACACCCGGGAUUAUAAAAAACUUGGCUUCAUAAAUCAUGUCAACCCCGCCAUGGACUUUACCCAGACUCCUCCUGGGAUGUUAGCUCUGGACAACAUGCUGUACUUCGCCAAGCACCAUCAGGAUGCCUAUAUCCGGAUUGUGCUUGAGAACAGUAGCCGAGAAGAUAAGCAUGAAUGUCCCUUUGGCCGCAGUAGUAUAGAGCUGACCAAGAUGCUGUGUGAAAUCCUGAAAGUGGGCGAGCUGCCUAGUGAGACCUGCAACGAUUUCCACCCGAUGUUCUUCACCCAUGACAGAUCCUUUGAGGAGUUUUUCUGCAUCUGUAUCCAGCUCCUGAACAAGACAUGGAAGGAAAUGAGGGCGACUUCUGAAGACUUCAACAAGGUAAUGCAGGUGGUGAAGGAACAGGUUAUGAGAGCUCUUACAACCAAGCCUAGCUCCCUGGACCAGUUCAAGAGCAAACUGCAGAACCUGAGCUACACAGAAAUCCUGAAAAUCCGCCAGUCUGAGAGGAUGAACCAGGAAGAUUUCCAGUCUCGCCCGAUUUUGGAACUAAAGGAGAAGAUUCAGCCAGAAAUCUUGGAGCUGAUCAAACAACAACGCCUGAACCGCCUCGUAGAAGGGACCUGCUUUAGGAAACUCAACUGCCGGCGGAGGCAAGACAAGUUUUGGUAUUGUCGGCUUUCACCAAACCACAAGGUCCUGCACUAUGGAGAUCUGGAAGAAAGUCCCCAGGGAGAAGUGCCCCAUGAUUCCUUGCAGGACAAACUGCCGGUGGCAGAUAUCAAAGCUGUGGUGACGGGAAAGGACUGCCCUCAUAUGAAAGAGAAAGGUGCCCUUAAACAAAAUAAGGAGGUGCUUGAACUCGCUUUCUCGAUCUUGUAUGAUUCAAACUGCCAACUGAACUUCAUAGCUCCUGACAAGCAUGAGUACUGUAUCUGGACAGAUGGGCUGAAUGCGCUGCUGGGGAAGGACAUGAUGAGUGACCUUACACGGAAUGACUUGGACACGCUGCUCAGCAUGGAAAUCAAGCUCCGCCUCCUGGACCUGGAAAACAUUCAGAUCCCCGACGCGCCUCCACCCAUCCCCAAGGAGCCCAGCAACUAUGACUUCGUCUAUGACUGUAAUUGAAGCACCCUGGGCCCAGAUGCACCCCCUCCAAAACUGGAAGAUUUAGCUAAUAGGAGAGAAGAAUGAAAAGGCGCCCACACCGUGGAAUCCACUGUGGUCAAGGGACGCUGUGGGUCCAUACUUCCUUUGGCCUUGCCUCCUCUAACUCUGGCAUUUUUCUGCCCCUCCGUGGCAUCCUGCUCACCACCCCGAUUCUGUUUCUAGACUCCAUUGCUUUAGGUCACCUCCCGUCGCUGCAGUCGAAGGUGGGAGAAAAGCAAAAUCCACCACCAAUGAGAGAGCCAAAGGGCCCUUCCAUCUUCAUUCCAGCAGGCAAGUCCUCCCCUCCUAGAGGCUCCAAGCCAGCAGCCCAGACCUCCUCCCAAUCUGCAGCCAGACACAGGGGUGUGCCUCAAGCUCUGGGUCUGGAAGAACCAGAAACGAUCUAGCUACUUGAGAAGACAAACACCACUCCUCGUUCCCCUUCUCUCUAGGGUCUGCUCACACCACCAGUUCCAUGUGAAUUGAAAUCUGCUUCUAAAUGCCCCCCCUCCCCCAUUCUGGCCUCUGCCUGCCCACUUCCUCUCUGGUCCCAAGAGCAGCAGCGGUUGCCUCAUCCUAGUUCUCGCAAACGUUGGGUCACCAGACACAAUCUGAGGGUCCCGUGGCCACAUCACGUCUGCCCUGUGACUGUGACCGACCCUUUCUGUCUCUCCGCUAGUCUUGGGUUUCUUCUCCCUGCCCCAGCCCUGACCUGCCUUCUUCAUUGCCACAUACUCCUCCAGCCCCUUAGCUGAAAGCACAAUGCUGAAAUCAGUCGUCCUGCUUUAUCUCUAAUGUACUAAAUCUAAAAGCCUCGAUGAUAGGCAGUUGCUAUGUAAGGGUCUGGGAGGUUCUGCUGCAACACAGGUUCCACAAGAUGGUCAAGAUGUCAGACAUCCAAGUUUACAUCGUUGUAGUUAUUACAGGUAUUGACAAUUUGCAAAGGUUGUUGGUUUUGGGGGUUGGUUGUUUUUUUUUUUUUUUUGCUUUGUUUUUGUAUAAAAGAGUCUAACAUUUUUUGCCAAACAGAUAUAUAUUUAAUGAAAAGAAGAAUACAUAAAUGUGUGUACUUUCCAGGUUUUUUUGUUUAAUUAUUUGAGUCCUAAGCAUCUUCCUGAGAAUAACAUUCCUCUAAACAUGCUGUGGAAUAAAAUUAAUUGUGAUGAGUUGGA